UAUAUAUAUAUAUAUAUAUAUAUGUUAGCUUACGUCAUCACCUUCACCGAUGGACCGAUGCGACGUGCUCACAUCUAUUUAGACUAGUUUUGUUUUAUAAGCAAAUCUGAAGUAUUUGUUUACAUUUAAUAAUCGGGGCAGUUCUUAAGAAAGAACCAGGCAGUCAAGCUUUAGAUGUCGAGGGUUAAAGUACGUUUGUUGUAAUAAAGCGUAUUAUUGUGAAUUUAGUGUUUUAAUCAAACUAAAAAGACAGAUUAACAGUCGCUAAUCUAUCAUCAGAAGUGGGAUAUCUUCUCGUGAAUUAUUUCCGGAAGAAAGGACCUAAAAAAAAAAAAAUAAAUUUUUUUUUUGUGUUUCUUUGUGAACGAACAAUGGCAGACAAUAGUGAAAAACGCGACCGCGCAGUGAGUCCGAACGUUGUGAACAUUACCGAAAGUGUAUCGGAGACGGACAAUAAUAUGGCGUUGUUAUUUAAAAUGCAGCAAGAAAAUAACAACAGUUUCCAAAAACAAAUCAUGGAAAUUUUGUCGACAAUGGCCAACGCCCAAACUACUCAAGCAACAUUGAGGGUGACUGCGCAGACGCAACCUGUUUCCGCUUCAGUAUCAGAAGGUGUAAGUGCCGCGGCGGCGCAGUUUCGACUUGCAAGUUUUGACCCAGAUGAUACACCGUUUACUAUGGUUGAGUGGAUGGAUGAUGUUACUAGGAUCCAACAGGAGCUGGAAAUAUCCGAUACUCUUAUUGUUUUAAAAGCUGGUCAUGCUUUACGAGGACGUGCAGCACGCUUUUAUCAACAUUGGAAACCUAUUAUUAGAGAUUGGGCUUCUUUUCGACGAGAUUUUGAAAUUGCGUUUCCUGAGUUAGGUACUCCUGCUACUCGUAUCAGAAAUUGUUUAGCAAUUAAGAGUUCAAGUUUUGAUUCACUAGUAGAAUACGGUAACGCCAAAUUAACAGCAAUUAGAAGAUUUUAUUCAGACUUUCCAUGGAAUGUUGUGUUAAGUCUUGUUGAAUACGAUAUUCAAAACACAGAAGUGAAAAAUCGAAUCUCCUUGCUAGCUCCUACAUGUGAUUCUGAACUAUUAAAACUGUUGGCUACCUGUGAUGCGAAUAAAUUGAACGCUGGUGUGCGAGAGCGUGAAUUGUCACGAAAACGACCGUAUAGCUUUCGUGAUCAGCGUUCGUUUCAAGGAAACUGCAGAAGAUGUCAACGCUAUGGACAUAAAGCAGUGGAUUGCAAAAAUGCGGAAAAAAUACAGAAUAUGUCGGAAAAGGUACAGCCGGGUCCUUCUGGAGUACAUCAAAGAAAUUUUUCGUCUGGCAACAACACCUCAGCAAAUAAGAAGUUUUGUAACAUCUGUGGAGUGAAUGGACAUUCAGAAGAUACAUGCUAUAGUAAAAAACAAUGACAUGAGGCAUCAAAACGAGUGCUCCUGGCAAAAAACACUCGUUUUAUCCGUUCAUUUCCAUCAGCUACGGUUACUAACAAUUCCAUGAUCAGUUCAAUAGCAUACUUAGUAGACACAGGUGCAGAUGUCUCAAUACUUCACGAAAAAAUAGCGAAAGCCUUAGACUUGCAAAUUCAACCGGAUUGCCAAAUACUGUCUGGUGUAGGAAAUUGUGUUAUGAAGCCUCUGGGUCGCAGUAGUGUUGUGAUGUGUACACCAACCAUGACAUUAGAAAUUGAUUUUCUAAUUGUGCCAGAUGGAUCAAUUCCUGGAUGUGAUGUUGACGCUUUAAUUGGACUUGAUGUUUUAAAACGACCAGUGAUAGGCAACGAAUUUGUGCUAUAUACGCGUUUGAAGAAAAUGACUUAAAUUUGUCAGGACUGGACGAGUGGGUUAUUAAGGAAAUAAAAACAAUAAUC